AUGGAGCAGCCCGCCCAGCCCAACCUGCGCGUUACCAUCAUCGCCGCCGAUGGCCUGUACAAACGCGAUGUCUUCAGGUUCCCCGAUCCCUUCGCGGUGGCAACGAUAAAUGGCGAGCAGACGCGCACCACCAGCGUCAUAAAGAAGACCCUGAACCCGUACUGGAACGAGAGCUUCGACAUGCGAGCAACCGAAGAUAGCAUUCUCGCCGUCCAGAUAUUCGACCAGAAGAAGUUCAAGAAGAAGGACCAGGGCUUCUUGGGCGUUAUCAAUGUUCGCAUCGGCACCGCCAUAGACCUGGAUGCCGGCGGCGACGAGAUGUUGACACGCGACCUCAAGAAGUCAAACGACAACAUGGUCGUGCACGGCAAGCUGAUUCUAAAUUUAUCCACCAACCUGUCGCAGCCCAUCAACCAGCCUAAUGGUCCCCGGCCUUCCUCGGUUUCCGCGCAUUCGUCCGUCAACGGUCUGCCUGCUACGAACAACCCCACUACCCCUCUGAGUGCCGGCCCGUCGAACUCUUUGCACCCCGAUAUGUAUCCCGGAAACCGUCCCGGUGCUGCUGGUGCGUCUGCAGCCCGGCCAAACCAGCCUGCCCCAGCCGGAGGUCCGCCCAAUGGAAAUGGUGCCAGCAAUACACAAAGAAACGCGGGAUACAGUGCUUUUGAAGAUGCCCAGGGCCGUCUGCCUGCAGGCUGGGAGCGUCGGGAGGACCAUCUGGGACGCACGUACUACGUCGAUCAUAACACGAGGCAAACGACAUGGAUCCGGCCGGCCUCCAACGUCAACGAAGCACAGCAGAGGACUCAGAUGGAGGCGCAGACGCAGCAAGAGCGGACGAGGCACCAGAACCGUAUGCUUCCCGAAGACCGCACCGGUGCCAACUCUCCUACACUUUCCGAACGUCAGCCCUCGCCAGGAUCUACUCCAUCCGCAAGCGCAGUUUCCAUGAUGGCUACCGGAGCUACCACGGCUGGCACCGGCGAGCUGCCUUCUGGUUGGGAGAUGAGACAUACGCCUGAGGGACGGGCGUAUUUCGUCGACCAUAACACCCGGACCACUACCUGGGUUGAUCCUCGUCGCCAGCAGUAUAUCCGCAUGUACGGCCAGAAUGCUCAGAACGGCACCAUUCAGCAGCAGCCUGUGUCGCAAUUGGGACCAUUGCCCAGCGGAUGGGAAAUGCGCUUGACCAACACCGCCCGUGUCUACUUCGUUGACCACAACACCAAGACGACCACCUGGGACGAUCCUAGAUUACCGUCGUCCCUUGACCAGAAUGUGCCACAGUACAAGCGUGACUUCAGAAGGAAGCUGAUCUACUUCCGCUCCCAGCCCGCGCUUCGCAUUGUAUCUGGCCAGUGUCACGUAAAGGUCCGCAGAAGUCACAUCUUCGAGGAUUCGUACCACGAGGUCAUGAGACAAAGCGCUGGCGAUCUGAAGAAGCGUCUCAUGAUCAAGUUCGAUGGCGAAGAUGGUCUGGAUUACGGCGGUCUAUCCAGAGAAUUCUUCUUCUUGCUGUCCCACGAGAUGUUCAACCCAUUCUACUGUUUGUUCGAGUACUCGGCGCACGACAACUACACGCUCCAGAUCAACCCGCACUCCGGGAUUAACCCCGAGCAUUUGAACUACUUCAAGUUCAUUGGCCGUGUUGUGGGUUUGGCCAUUUUCCACCGCCGAUUCCUGGACGCUUUCUUCAUCAGUGCUUUCUACAAGAUGAUUCUGAAGAAGAAGAUCACCCUCCAGGAUAUGGAGGGUGUGGAUGCCGAUUUCCACAGGAACCUUCAAUGGACAAUGGAUAACGACAUUGACGGCGUGCUUGACCUCACUUUCUCUACUGACGACGAGCGGUUUGGCGAGACUGUGACGAUCGACUUAAAGCCUGGCGGCCAAGAUAUUGAGGUGACGAAUGAGAACAAGAGAGAAUAUGUUGAGCUCAUUACGGAAUGGCGUAUCCAGAAGCGCGUGGAGGAGCAGUUCAAUGCCUUCAUCGCUGGAUUCCACGAGCUGAUCCCAGCGGAUCUGAUUACAGUCUUCGAUGAGCGCGAGUUGGAGCUACUCAUUGGAGGAAUUGCAGAUAUCGAUGUGGACGAUUGGAAGAAGCACACCGAUUACCGUGGCUACACCGAGAGCGAUGAGGUCAUUCAGAAUUUCUGGAAGUGUAUCCGGAGUUGGGAUGCUGAGCAGAAGUCGCGUCUGCUCCAGUUCGCUACUGGUACAUCUCGUAUUCCCGUCAACGGCUUCAAGGAUCUUCAGGGCAGCGAUGGUCCAAGGAGAUUUACGAUUGAGAAGGCGGGUGAGAUCACGCAGUUGCCCAAGUCGCACACUUGUUUCAACCGUCUCGAUCUCCCGCCUUACAAGACGUACGAGGCGCUCAACCAGAAGCUCACGAUUGCUGUCGAGGAGACUGUCGGUUUUGGACAAGAGUAA